GUUCCCAAGAAGGAUGUACCUACAACCAUUUGUCGAUGAGCGAAAUUGUUAAAAGGGUCGGUUCUUAUCUUAAUCAAAAAGGUCUCUUAAACACAACAACUGUUUCAAUGGCAGAUGAAGGUUUAUUUGAAGGAGAAAUUGCCACUAUUUUUGCCGUUGAUACCUUAGGUAUUUUUGGCAAUAAUGUUAAAUCAUAUGUCAGCCAGUACAAUACACAUGCUUAUAGUGGAAUUGCAAGAAGUUCACUUUAUCAUAUUGCAAAAGAAAAUGGCAAAAGACUUUGGAUGAGCGAAUGGGGAUCUUGGUCAUCAAAAAAUAUGUCCGCAAGUAUUAAACUUUCUGAAGAAAUUUUAAAGGACAUGAGAUAUCUUAAGCCUGUUGCAUGGGUUUAUUGGCAAGCAAUUGAACAUGCUCCUAAUGGUAAUGAUGGUAAUGACUAUGGCUUGAUCAGUGCAGAUUUUAGUAAUUCAAGUGUUCCUCUAGAUAUACGUCUAUCAUUUUAUGGAUUUGCUCAAUACACUAAGUUUAUUCGCCCAGGAUAUCAAAUCAUUUUUUCUAAUGAUGUUGAUACCCUUGCUGCACAAGAUGCUAGCAAUAAAACGCUUGUUUUAGUUUGCACAAAUAAGAAUAAUGCACCAGAUGUUUGGAAUAUUAAUGUUUCUAAAUUCAAUAUUAGUUCAUUUCAUGUUUACCGUACAUCUAAUGACAAUGAAACACUUAAGUUACUACCAAAUACAUGGAAUAUUAUUGAUGGCAUUUUAAUUUAUGAAAGUCCAGCUAAUUCUAUUACUACUUGGGUUUUUAAUAUUACUCAGUAG